CAUGACAAAGAUUGAGGGAGAGGCCCAUCAAGGAAAAUCAGGGAAUUGUCAGCAGCUAAUUGGCCGUGGAGACUCUGCUAUAUAGCCGAGGGAAGACGCCAUGAUAUGGGAAGCCGAGCUACGUAGCCCCCGCAGCUAGCCUCUUCCGGUGCAACCACCACCACGGAGGAAUCCGGGGUCUUCUUCCUCGCCGCCGUCGAAGAAAGAUGCGGCCUCUACGGGGAGAUCCCGGAGCCGGAGCGGAUCUUGCUGUCCUCUGCUGCUGCUUCUUGCUCCUCUCCUUCCUGUCCCAUGGCGCGGACAUGCCCCUAGGCUCCUCCCUCUCGCCGGCGGCCAAUUCGACCUCGUGGUCGUCGCCCAACUCCACCGUCUCCCUCGGCUUCGCGCCGUCCCCGACCUCCCGGUCGCUCUUCGUGGCCGCGGUCACCUAUGCCGGCGGCGUCCCCGUCUGGUCCGCCGGAGCCGGCGCGGCCGUGGAUUCGAGGGGCUCGCUCCGCCUCUCGUCCUCCGGCGAUCUGCAACUGGUCAAAGGAUCCGGGGCCGUGCUAUGGUCGUCCGGCACCGCCGGCCAGGGCGUCGCCGCCGCCGCCCUGCAAGAGAGCGGCAACCUCGUGCUCAAGAAUUCCAGGGGGCGCGUCGUGUGGCAGUCAUUUGACCACCCGACGGACACCGUGGUCAUGUCGCAGAGCUUCACCUCCUGCAUGAACCUCACCUCCGGCCCCUACGUCUUCGCCGUCGAUAGGUCCGGCAACCUCACGCUCAGCUGGGCCAGCGCCGGCGCCGCCCCCGUCACCUACUUCAAUAAGGGCUACAACAACUCCUUCACCGCCAACAAGACAGUCACGCUCACGAUGCAGACCAACGGCAUCGUCUCCCUCAACGACGGCUCCCUCGUCAACCCCGUCGUGGUCGCCUACAGCAGCAACUACGGCGAGAGCGACGACAUGUUGCGCUUCUUGCGCCUCGACUCGGACGGCAACUUCCGCGCCUACAGCGCCGGGCGCGGCAGCGGCACGGCGACGGAGCAGUGGUCGGCGGUGGCGGACCAAUGCCAGGUGUUCGGCUACUGCGGCAACAUGGGCGUGUGCAGCUACAACCGCACGUCGCCGGUUUGCGGCUGCCCGUCGCGGAACUUCGAGCUCAACGACGCCGCCAACCCCCGCAGCGGGUGCAAGCGCAAGACCGAGCUCCAGAACUGCCCGCGCAACUCCACCAUGCUCCAGCUCGACAACACGCAGUUCCUCACCUACCCGCCGGAGAUCGCGAUCGAGCAGUUCUACGUCGGCAUCACGGCAUGCCGCCUCGACUGCCUCGCCAGCCGCUCCUGCGUCGGCGCCACCGCGCUUUCCGACGGCUCCGGCCUCUGCUGGCUCAAGGUGUCCAACUUCGUCAGCGCCUACCAGUCGGCGUCGCUCCCCAGCGCGUCUUUCAUCAAGGUCUGCUUCCCCGGCCUCCCCAGUCCGGCUGUCGUCGCCGGGCACUAACGCGUCGUCGCGGGGACCUCCAGCCUCCAUGGAUGAUUUUUCCUUCUUCUGUAAAACCAUACACUACUACUACUAGCAAAGCUUGGCAGCCGUUGCAGAACUUUGUGGGUUCAGAGAAGUAAAAUAACACCC